GUCGAUGAUGCGGACGUUAACGCCUGCCCGAGACAACGCAUUCCCAGCCAUCAACCCAGCGGGUCCCGCACCAAUGAUCAAAACAUCGCAUCGAGAUUCCUUCAUUAUAACGAGCUUCUUUGGAGACGCGAAAGGGCUCGAUGAUGGAGUGUCCUUGUGUCCAGGUUAGAGCUAUAUAGGACAAAUAGUUGUCCAGGACAAGCAACACGACGGUACACGGAGUAAAAUGGAAGAGAAUACCACCCAAGGAACUUGGGGUUAGAGCGCAAGCGCAUACGCGACCAUAUGAUCGCUUUGAUCAGCCGGCAGUAUGAUAUAUUCCAGGAGCUUGUCAACAUGCUUGGAGGAGUUCUCUGUGACUUUAUCCAUCUUAGGCAAAUACGAUACGCUGUACAAGGAACGCCGUCCGUCACUCUCAUGCCAGCAACGGGAAUCGGGACUGGUAGCCGCUCGAACAAGGCAAAUGUUGGCCAACAACGUCAUCUAAGACGUAAUGAGCGGUCAGGGACGUGGGAGAUUACUUACAGAACAGGUGUCAUCUCGUACAGUGCGCCAAGAUGCAGAAGAUCUCUGUGCGGUUGGGCCA